UCCUAUUUAAAAUGAAGACUUUGACUCCUAACGGCUGAGCUCUCAGGAGGACUCGGAGGCUUCGGGUUGGAGGUGGGAGGCCGUAGGCUCCGGACGCACAGGCCCAGCGGCCAUGGCUCACGGGCCCAGCCUCUCCGCGGCAUGUGGGAUCUUCCCAGACCGGGGCACGAACCCGUAUCCCCUGCAUCGGCAGGCGGACUCUCAACCACUGCGCCACCAGGGAAGCCCUGUGCAAGCAUCAUGGACAAAUGUAAAGAAAACAGCAUCUUGGGGCCUAAGACGACAGUUCCACUUGGUGAUGGCCCAAAACGUGUUCCGGUGACUCAGCAAUUUCCUUCUCAGAAUCCGGUGUCUGCGAACAGUGGCCAGGCUCAGCGGGUCUUGUGUCCUUCAAAUUCCUCGCAGCGUGUUCCUUCACAAGUGCAAAAGCUUGUCUCCAGCCAAAAACCCGUACAGCCCCUGAAGCAGAAGCCGGCGCAGGCAGCCAGCGCCCCUCGUCCUGUCUCCAGGCCACUGAGUAAUACCCAAAAGAGCGAGCAGCCCCAGCUCCCAGCACCUGGAAAUAAUCCUGAAAAGGAAGCGGCAUCAAAACAGAAAAAUGAAGAAUCAAAAAGAAGGCAGUGGGCUUUGGAAGAUUUUGAAAUUGGUCGUCCGCUGGGUAAAGGGAAGUUUGGUAAUGUUUACUUGGCGAGAGAAAAACAAAGCAAGUUUAUCCUGGCUCUUAAGGUAUUAUUUAAAGCUCAGUUGGAGAAAGCAGGAGUUGAGCAUCAGCUGAGGAGGGAAGUAGAAAUACAGUCCCACCUUAGGCAUCCAAAUAUUCUCAGGCUGUAUGGUUAUUUCCAUGAUGCUACCAGAGUCUACCUAAUUCUGGAAUAUGCACCCCUCGGAGCUGUCUAUAGAGAACUUCAGAAACUGUCAAAGUUUGAUGAGCAGAGAACUGCUACUUAUAUCACAGAAUUGGCAAAUGCCCUGUCUUACUGUCAUUCAAAGAGAGUUAUUCAUAGAGACAUUAAGCCAGAGAACCUGCUCCUUGGAUCAUCCGGAGAGCUUAAGAUUGCAGAUUUUGGGUGGUCAGUACAUGCCCCAUCCUCCAGGAGAACCACCCUCUGCGGUACCCUGGACUACUUGCCGCCUGAGAUGAUUGAAGGCCGGAUGCAUGAUGAGAAGGUGGAUCUCUGGAGCCUUGGGGUGCUUUGCUAUGAAUUUCUAGUUGGGAAGCCUCCUUUUGAGGCAAACACAUACCAAGAGACCUACAAAAGAAUAUCACGGGUGGAAUUCACAUUCCCUGACUUUGUGCCAGAGGGAGCCAGGGACCUCAUUUCCAGACUGCUGAAGCAUAAUCCCAGCCAGCGGCCCACCCUCAAAGAAGUACUUGAACACCCCUGGAUCACGGCAAAUUCAAAACCAUCGAGUAGUCAAAAAAAAGAAUCAGCUAGCAAACAAUCUUAAGAAUCUUUGGGGGCAGAAAUCCUUGAGACAGGGCUGCUGAUAAUCUGCCUGGAACAGGCUGCUGGCGUAUCUCCCUGCUGCCUGCCCGCCAUCGAGAUGCUACAGGAAACACUGUUGAUGAGCAGGCAGUGCUCGGCCUCCCAGUUCAGAGCUCCGCCUCUGCAGACACGACACUGCAGUGGGAGCCGUGGCUAUAUAAUCAGUCUGGAGGCAAGGUUCAAGUGCAGCCACCCCGCAGCCUGUUUUGAGUAAGGUGUCCUUGUGGAAGAUGGACUUGCAGCCUGGCUGUGGGGUAGGGCGGCUGCUUGGUCCUGACUCGACCCGUUGAAAAUCUGUGCAAUAACUUUCCAAGUCCCUGUGUGCGUGUAACUUAUCGGGUGGCCCAGUCUGGUAAAGCUGUCGGAAUGAACAUGUGAUUCUUUCUUUUAAAUGUUAAAAUAAAGACUUUGGUAUAGACUUGUA